AAAAACACAGAAUAGAGAAGGGUAGUGCAGUGGAGUGCAGUGGUGAGAAGAAUUUGGAAGGUGGGGGGGACAGGGAUAGCAGCGGUGGUGGCGUGAGGGCGUGGACGCCACACUGCGGCCACGCUGCCAAUCGCUUGGCACGUUGCUUGCUCGCCAAUUGUCCCCUUCGCAACCCCUCCUCUCUGCUCCGCCCUGCCCUGCCAUGACCCUCGUCCAUUCUUCCGCUACACUGCUGCGCCUCUCUCUCUUUCCGUCGGACUUGUGCUGGAGAUAAAAGCCCCGGGUUGCUGUAACUGUAUUUAAUGGUCCGAGUUUCUCCCUCCCCUGCCAAUCGCCGCACCAUCUUCGCACUGUUUUUACCCUUUCCUGUCCCUAGUCCUCUCUCUUGUCUAUCCCUCGCUCCCUCCGAUUUCGCGAUCCUUGCUCUCUGCCUCCGUUCCUCUUGUGCUAGCGCUGACAUGGCUGCGGCUGCGGCCGAGACCGCUGAGACCGCUGAGGGUAAUGAAGCUCUGCAGACGGUGGCCCCCAAGGCUCCCGUAACCUACGAACGCGUCGUCUCCACUCAGAACCUCCGUUUCCCCAAGCCUCAUGUGCCUCGGGCGUUGGAGGCCGUAGAUGAUGACCAUCCUCACGGUACUCCCGGCUACAAGAACAACGGGUAUUCUGUGCUACAGCAGCAUAUUGCCUUUUUUGAUCGUAACAAGGAUGGCAUUAUUUACCCGUGGGAGACUUUCGCAGGGUUUCGAGCGAUCGGAUUCAAUUUUCUUAUCAGUUUCCUGGGUAUGGUCAUCAUCAACGGUGUUUUUAGUUACGCUACCUUGGAGUCUUGGAUCCCGUCGCUCCUUUUCCCAAUCUACAUCAAAAAUAUUCACAAAGCCAAGCAUGGGAGUGACUCUGAAGUGUAUGACACAGAGGGCAGGUUCGUACCGGAGAAGUUUGAGGAACUGUUCAGUAAAUUUUCCAAGACUGACAGAUCUCGGCUACGUUAUGAUGAACUGUAUUCACUAACAAGCGCGAACAAGAAUGCGUAUGAUCCGUUUGGGUGGACGGCAGAGAAGCUGGAGUGGGGUAUCACAUACCUGCUUCUCAAAGACAAAGACGGGUUUGUCUCUAAGGAACAAAUUCGUGGAAUGUAUGAUGGAAGUAUUUUCGAAACCAUCGAAAGACAAAGGGAACUGAGUAAGAUGCAGAAGAAGAAAAUGUGAAUACGUGCUGGAAAGUUGGUAAACGUGUUUGACUUGGAUAUAAUUCCCUGCAAAGCCUUGAAGUAACAAGACACUGGCAAUAUUUUCCUAGAUACAUCCUGAUGUACAUUUACAAUUUCGUAUUAUGGCAGGUUCUACAGUUUUAUAUUGUAACUGUUGGCCCUUUUAUGGAUGAGUGCUUUUGUGGCAUGGCACUCUGUUGUAUCUCA